AUUCUCUACCAAUAUGACCGUAGUCUCCAAUGAUCCCGCUUGGUGGUUGGCCAUCAAUACAAAUCGUUUGGACAGCUAUUUUGCAGUCGCCGCCUUUGUUGCAGCGAUGCAUGAUUGGUUACUCACAUUUGGACAAGAGGUGGAAUUGGUCUGGAGACAACGAUGGUCCCUAAUGACAGCUCUGUAUCUCGGUGCGCGUUACCUCGGAAUCUUAUACGCUGUGCUGAACAUGCUAACCAGUGUUCCGACCACCUCGCUGACAGACACAGUGAGCUGGAUUAUCUACGUCGUAUUGGAUUGGACUGGUGUUGUGGUAUUUGUGAUGCUGUGGGCUAUCAUCAUCACGCGGUUGCAUGCCAUGUAUCAAGGAUUCAGAAAGAUCCUGAUAUUUCUCAUUGUCACCUUCCUGGCCAUCAACACUUUCAAUGCAGUGUCCACCAUAAUGACAACGAUGCAUACUUCAGGGGAGGAACUCAUUCUCUCCGGCACUCAUCAGUGUCAGUUUGAUGAGGCGGAUAAUAUGGCACUUCUGGCUUCCAUUACUUGGAUACUCGGUACCGCAUGGGAGGUCGUCGCAUUAUGUCUCGCAGUCUGGAUUGCGGCCAAACACAUUCGUGAACUGCGACAACAUUCGGCAGGAGGAAUUAUCGAGGACUGUUUCACGGUGUUGAUGAAAACUCACGCGCUUUACUUUGCGAGCUUCGUUGCUGUUUCUUGCUUUCAUCUCAUUCUUGUGUUCUCUCCAACAUUCUCAUUCUCAGCGAGCAUUCCCCUGGACAGUCAGAUUAUUUCCGGGGUUGUUCAGAUUUUUGACGUCGUGCAGCUAUUUGUGUUGGGACCACGCCUGAUCCUUGGUAUUCGAGAAUACCACGCCAAGCUUGUUGCUAAUUCCGAUGCAGCAACUGGUAUGACCUCAAUCGCUUUCCAGGAGCGCGUGGAAAUAUCGACUGGUAGUGGUGUGUGAUACUCGGUGGGGUUAACAGUUGUCUGGUGCCCUCGGGCGGCCCUCCAAAGAGCAGGGAAAUUUGCUUUUAUUUAUUACCACUUUCUUGAAAGUAUUGAUCGAAGUUAUAUGGUGUUCCGAAGUAGAUUUCAAAGAGAUAUACAAAGUUUUUGUCGUAUUAUUUAGUCAAGUGAUCUGCUAUACAUGCUGUUAUAGAUUC